AGUUCUGCAUUUCUGCAGAGGCAGAAAGAAACACAGCUCUCAACUUGUUUUUUGUAAACAUUACUGAAAGAGUCGUGAUAACUUUUUAAUUCUACUAUGUAUACAUAUGGAAUAGCAUUACCAAGUGAAAUAGAGAAGGAUGUAAUAGAUUAGACAUUUCUUCAUUUUAGAAAGAAGAUGGAAACAACAUUGCUUUUCUUUUCUCAAUCAAAUAUGUGCGAAGCAAAGGAAAAAACUUUUUUCAAGUUACUACAUGGUUCAGGAAAAGAAGAAACAAGCAAAGAAGCCAAAAUCAGAGCUAAGGAAAAAAGAAAUAGACUAAGUCUUCUUGUGCAGAAACUUGAGUUUCAUGAAGAUGCCCACGCCAGCAGAUCUGGGCACUUGGCCAAAGAAAGAAGAGUCUCCCCUGAAGAAGCAGUGAAAUGGGGUGAAUCCUUUGAAAAACUGCUUUCCCAUAGAGAUGGACUGGAGGCUUUCACCAGAUUUCUUAAAACUGAAUUUAGUGAAGAAAAUAUUGAAUUUUGGAUAGCUUGUGAAGAUUUCAAGAAAAGCACGGAACCUCAAGAAAUUCACCUUAAAGCAAAAGCCAUAUAUGAGAAAUUUAUACAGACUGAUGCUUCACAAGAGGUUAACCUUGAUUUUCACACCAAAGAAGUCAUUACAAAGAGCAUCACUCAACCCACCCUGCACUGUUUUGAUGCUGCACAAAGCAGAGUGUACCAGCUCAUGGAACAAGACAGUUAUACACGUUUUUUGAAAUCUGACAUCUAUUUAGACUUAAUUGAAGGAAGACCUAAGAGACCAACAAAUCUUAGGAGACGAUCACGCUCAUUUACCUGCAAUGAAUUCCAAGACGUAAAAUCAGAUGUUGCCAUUUGGUUAUAAAGAAAAUUGAUUUUGCUUAUUUUUAAGAUAAACUUAGACAUCUGCUUCUAAGAUAUAGCAUGUUUAUGUUAAGAAUUGGUCCCAUCUUUUAAACUGAGAUAUAUCAUGUGAAAUGAUUUUAAAAAUGUAAAAACAAAACUUUUUGCUAACAAAAUACAUACUAGAUCUGCCAAUAUAGUUGGUAAAAUCCUCUACUUGAUGUCAUUCCUUUCAGAAUCAGAAAAAAAGUUAUUUCUUAAUUAAAAGGCAGUAGACAUGGCAGAGUUAAUUAAAAGCUAAGCUUUGCAAAGUUGUCAACAGUUCAAACAAAAAUCUAGUUUGGAUUUUUUACAAAGGAAGCUUAAUAUAUAGUGUACAAAUAAUACUACUCAGGUAAUAUUGGGAUAG